AGUUCCUGAACUAACUUGUUCCAUGUCAUCAUAAUAAAAUACGCGGGAAAUGUAGAAGCGUUGUCGUGGAAAUUAAAAUUAGAGCAUUAGUAGUUGAUUGAUUUUUAAUAGAAAAUAUAAUCCUUCCCUGUAAUAUCGAAGUGAAUAUUUGUUCCAAAAUGUCGAGUUUGAUGGCUACACAAGCUGAGAAAGUUACCAUCGAAAUUACUUUGGAUAAAGCAAAUGGGGAUACUAAAUGCAAUGGUGUACAGUCUAAAGUAUCAGAGCAGAAUAAAAAGCACGAAGAAUAUCAAUAUUUAGACCAUAUUCACCAUAUAAUAACGAACGGAAAUAAAAGGGUAGAUCGUACUGGUGUAGGCACCUAUUCAAUUUUCGGGGCUCAGAUGAGAUACAAUCUACGGGAUUCGUUCCCUCUUUUGACCACAAAAAGAGUAUUUUGGCGGGGAGUCGUUGAGGAGUUACUGUGGUUUAUAAAAGGAAGUACAAACGCCUUUGAAUUGAGUGACAAAAAUGUCCAUAUUUGGGAUGCAAAUAGCACAAGAGAAUUUUUAGAUAGUAUAGGUCUUAAAGAUAGGGAAGCUGGUGAUUUAGGCCCAAUAUAUGGAUUCCAGUGGAGGCACUUUGGAGCAGACUAUAAAGGAAUGCAUGAAAGUUAUAAAAAUCAAGGGAUUGAUCAAUUGGCACAUGUAAUAAAUACAAUUAAAGAAAGACCUAAUGACAGAAGAAUUAUCAUGUGUGCUUGGAAUCCAAUUGAUAUUCCAGAAAUGGCACUACCGCCAUGUCACUGUUUGGUUCAAUUCUUUGUGGCUAAUGAUGAACUGUCUUGCCAGCUGUAUCAAAGAUCUGCAGAUAUGGGGCUUGGAGUGCCAUUUAAUAUUGCUAGUUACGCACUUCUAACAUACAUGAUUGCCCAUAUUACUGACCUUAAACCUGGUGAUUUUGUCCACACAUUAGGAGAUAGCCAUGUAUACUUAAACCAUGUAGAGGUCCUCAAAGAACAGCUCAAAAGAGAACCUAGGCCUUUUCCUAAACUGACCAUUAAAAGGAAAGUAGAAAACAUUGAAGAUUUUACUGCUGAUGAUUUUGAGAUAAAAGGUUAUAACCCACAUCCCAAACUGAAUAUGCCUAUGGCUGUAUAAUUAUUUUGUUGAUAUUUUUUUAUUCUAAAGAAUUGGUAUAUAUUUUAGUUUUUACAAUAUAAAGUAUUUUUUU